UGCGCACUACACAAGCAAGUCGAGAGUUCAAAUGCGCUUUCCCAGGUCCCCUGUCGACGCUUGACCUCGGCUCACGAAUCAGCGUGUCACCAAUUCAAAGGCGCCCGUUUAUGGCUUGAUCCAUACCUGGCAACGCGGCCGACACCAUAUCAAGUCGUGGGCAUUCCUCCCUUUCCAGUUCUUUUUCAGGCAUUUCCACCUUUGAUUUCUUCCACACUUGAUUCUUCGUUUCGUCCAAAUCGCCAGCCUCAAGUCUGCCCUUAAUCAAAUUGUCAACAUUCAUAUUUCUUCAUAAUGGCACCACGGGUGAUUGUCGUUGGUGGUGGCUUAUCUGGCCUGAGUGCCGCGCACACGAUUUACCUCGCCGGAGGAAAUGUAGUAGUACUUGAUAAGCAAGGCUUCUUCGGCGGCAACUCCACAAAGGCCACUUCUGGCAUCAAUGGUGCCUUGACGCGAACACAGGUCGACAGCAAGAUCCAGGAUAGCGUUAAGCAAUUUUAUGACGAUACCCUAAAGUCUGCUCGGGACAAGGCCAGACCCGACCUCAUCAAGGUCCUGACAUACAAAUCCGCCGCUGCCGUCGAGUGGUUGCAAGAUGUAUUCAACCUAGAUUUGACACUUGUUUCCCGGCUUGGCGGUCACUCGCAGCCAAGAACGCACCGAGGACACGAUGCCAAAUUCCCUGGCAUGGCCAUCACAUAUGCCCUCAUGCAACGGCUAGAGGAGCUCGCCGAGAACGAACCCGAGCGUGUCCAGAUCAUCAAGAAGGCUCGCGUCACUGCGUUGAACAAGGAGGGAAACAAGAUUACUGGUGUGACGUAUGAGUCUAGUGGCGAGAACAGCACUUUGGAUGGCCCAGUCGUCUUGGCCACCGGCGGCUACGCUGCAGACUUUGGGGAUGGUUCGCUGUUGAAGCAGCACCGGCCGGACACCUUCGGUCUCGCCACCACCAACGGCUCUCAUGCGACUGGUGAUGGUCAGAAGAUGGUUAUGGCAAUCGGCGGAAAUGGAAUCGAUAUGGACAAAGUCCAGGUCCACCCUACCGGCCUGGUUGAUCCCAAAGAUCCUGAAUCCAAGUGGAAGUUUUUGGCCGCUGAGGCGCUUCGUGGCGAGGGUGGCCUGCUUAUCAACGCGGACGGUGACCGAUUCUGCGACGAACUGGGACACCGGGAUUACGUCUCCGGCAUGAUGUGGAAGGAGAAGGAUAAGAACAAGUUUCCCAUUCGGCUGAUUCUAAAUUCGAAGGCAUCCAAUACGCUCGACUUCCACACUCGCCACUACUCCGGACGUGGCUUGAUGAAGAAGAUGACGGGUAAGGAGCUAGCUAAGGAGAUUGGUUGUACCCCGGAUCAUUUGCAAAAGACAUUCACAACGUAUAACGCCAUCGCCGACGGCAAGCAAAAGGACCCCUGGGGCAAGAAGUUUUUCCACAAUGGACCCGUGGAUAUCAACGACGACUUCCACGUCGCUGUCAUGGAGCCGGUACUUCAUUUCACCAUGGGGGGUAUCGAAAUCAACGACAAGGCUCAAGUCUUGAACAAGGAGCAGAAGCCAUUUGAGGGUCUAUUCGCCUGCGGAGAAUUGGCAGGAGGUGUCCAUGGUGCCAACCGACUUGGCGGUUCCUCGUUGCUGGGGUGUGUGGUGUAUGGUCGCGUUGCUGGUGACACUGCGAGCAACUACCUCUUCCAACAGGCACUUUCUGGAAGCGUCACUGGUGCCGUUCAACGACUUGGACAAAUCUCGCUCCAUAUUGAUCCUUCGCAACCGGGGAAAGUGUCAGUGGAGUGGGGUAACGGAGCUACUGGUUCGACCAGUGUGGGACAAUUCACCAGCGCUGCUGGACCCACCCCCAACGCAGAUGCCGGUAAGUCGUCCGAGACCGCAUCGAAGCCGCAGAGUCCUAAGAAGUUCGAGGUUCCCGAUAAGGAGUUCACCAUGGAGGAGGUUUCCAAGCACAACAAGAAAGAAGAUUUGUGGGUCGUGGUGAAGGGCGUUGUGAUGGACGUUACCAAUUGGCUUGAAGAGCAUCCAGGUGGUCCCCAGGCCAUCAUGAACUUUAUGGGCCGUGAUGCUACAGAAGAGUUUGAGAUGUUGCACGACGAUGAAGUCAUUCCCAAGUACGCACCACAACAGGUGAUAGGACGUGUUAAGGGCCAGGAAGUCACACUUGAGAUUUAAUCAUUAUCCUUCAUUUGCACGCUACUGUGUGGGGUAAACACGUUGCGGAUUAUGGGGAGUGGAAUGUCCACCACUGAUUGAUAAACCGAGAAGAUAUGU